GAUUUGCAAGAUGUCAGCCGCCCGGCCCGGAGCGGCGUGAACCCAACGAUGGGGCCGAUACAAGGAGGACCAUCUGGGUCACCAGGAAGACGGCGAGGAUACCACCACGCCGGGAGAGGACGACGGCGGCCGGAGGUGGUUCCGUGCUCCUCCUCGCCCGUCAACAGUGAAAGUCUGCGCGGCAACUGCCGCUGCUAGUCGACCGGCGGCGGGGCACGUCUUCCUUUCCGACUCUGCAGGACGGCGGCCGCCGCACAACACCGUCGUAUCCAGCGACGACCACCAACACCAAGGAGCAGCACCAGCAGCACAGGGUCCGCUGCCAGCUGACAGGAGCGCACCAUGGAGUUAGCGCAGCAGGCGUCGACCGUGCUGCUCUGGCCCUUCACCAGCUUCUACCAGACGUACCUAUGGUGCACGUCAUUCGCAGAUCGGCGGACAGAGGACUGGCUGCUGGUCAAGUCACCGAUCCCGAUGCUGCUCAUCAUCGCCGCCUACCUGUGCGUAGUUCGGUACGGGCCCCGCAUCAUGGCUUCGAGGCCGCCCUUCCAACUCAAACCCUUUCUCGUCAUCUACAACUUCGCGGUCGCUGGGCUCAACCUGUAUAUCGCCAUAGAGAUAUUGUAUUGCAUAACCAAGCGGAGGUACAGCUGGUUGUGCCAACUGGUUGACUACAGCGACAAUCCGUUAGAGAUCAGGAUAGCGCGUGCACUGUGGUGGUACUACAUGAGCAAGCUGAUCGAGUUGAUGGACACGGUGUUCUUCGUGCUGCGCAAGAAGGACAACCAGCUCACCUACUUGCACGUCUACCACCACUCGACUAUGUUCUUCUUCUGGUGGAUCGGCAUCCGAUGGGUCGCCGGAGGAUCUGCUGCUCCUGGUCCUAGCAUCAACUGCCUCGUGCACGUGCUCAUGUACUCGUACUAUGGCCUAACUGCCUUGGGACCUUCUGUGCAGAAGUACCUCUGGUGGAAGAAGCAUCUCACGCUAAUACAGCUCGUGCAAUUUUGCAUCGGCCUGGGCUUCGGCAUCAAUGCCAUCUUCAGUGGCUGCAAGUUCACGAGAUGGAUGCAAUACGCCUUCAUCGUGUAUGCCUUCUCUUUCCUAGUACUAUUUGGCAACUUCUACAUUCACGCUUACAGGAGCAGGUAUCAAGCCAAGGCAAGCAAAGCAAAGCAGCUUGGGGAGCUGUCCCAAGAGGACAGUGAUUCCAUUGACAAGCAAUACCUCUUGCCCUCGCUGAGCACAAUGUGCUUUCCGGAGGGGGUCAUGGACAGUGACUUCAAGAAGAGGGAUUAGGACAUCGACACAUUGCCUUUGAGAUGGACUUGGUUCCGAUUAUUCCCUGCACCACUCGCAGAGAGCUACAUCAGUUCAACAGUCCCACAUACUGUGCUAGGAUUUCAAAUUAUGGUCUCGCUCAGUGCUGUGUGCGCGGAAGAGCUGUGGCUAAAUGCAUAGCUUGCGUGAUAUACACAUAUGUUACAAUCGUUCAGCCAAUCAGUAGAAUGUGAGGCAGUAUGUGAUAGCAGUGUCCCAGACUUGUUUCUAUGAAGCAUUCUUGUUGGGACAAAUUUUGUUUUGCGAUAGAGGCUUGGAAGUGUUUCACCACAGAAGUACGGCACGUGCUGCUGUGUGUGUUUGUAGCAAACGCAAACAUUGCGUUGUUCUAACACUACCCACGGCAUUGCCGAUGCCUUGCUACAUGUGUUGUAAGCAUGAGCUGCAAGUUUCUUCGUUGCAAGUGCGAUCAUUCAGCAAUAGUGAUUUUCUCAUUGUGGCCUGUUGUAUAUUCUGUUCCCUCUCACAGUUCAGCAGAGCAAGUUCUAAAAUCAAGCUUAACUAAUAAGCCUUAAAGUGCAAGCUUCAACUGCUUUUACACACAUUACCUAUUUACUAAGAGGUUGCACGCACUUUCAGGUGACCGACUGUCACUUAAGGCAUUAACAGCUAUAAAUCCUGCUGACAGGAGCUUGAUCACCAAGACAAUGAUGACGAAUUGUUUGCAAGUGGGAGAAAUACCCGCUCCUGAAUGCGAGAACUGUGCCACAAUGAUAGAUGUGAAGACCGCUCAUUUUAUAACAUCACCACGAUGCUACAGCGGCCCAUGCAUUAACCCUGCAAUGCCCAUGUAGUGCAUAUGAUAAGGUCCGGUUCUAGAAUUCCAAUUCAGAGGACCUUAUUUGAACGUUAUUCAAAAAUUUAUGCAGGGAGCCUUAAUGCACAUAUACCAUCAUAUUCACUUUUCACCACUGCUUAAACCUAGGUGCGGUUCCAAGUUGAGAAUUCAGUACAGCAAGUAAAAUAAGCUGGGCAUUACAGGGUUACAAUGUGCUUGCGCAUCCAUCGGAAGGGUGAACAAAAAAAGAAGUGCAGUUCUCUUGUGCUAGGCAAUAGACUCCACAAUAGUAAUGCUGCCUUGAUAAUAGAAUAAGUUAGAAACCAAUGUUAUGAUAAAUAAAGCCAUAAACUUGCAUAUCGCGUUUUACACCGAACUUACUCCAUAUUUUAAUGCAUGACAGUGGGGUACACAGGAAGGGAAGCAAGGAAAACAUUUUACAACCUUGUCUGCAUAGAGCAUUAGAAAAUGUUCUCAACUACUUCAUGACUGGAAUAAAAUCAAGUUAAUACAAGAA